CCGCGCCAGCCAUGCAAGGCCCGGCGGCCUGGGAGCGGCGCGACGCCGACGCGCUGCGGCGCUUCCAGGGGCUGCUGCUGGACCGGCGCGGCCGGCUGCACGGCGAGCUACUGCGCCUGCGCGAGGUGGCGCGGCGCCUCAAGCGCCUCCGCCGGCGCUCCCUGGCGGCCAACAUGGCGGGCAGCUCGCUGAGCGCGGCGGGCGCCGUGGCUGCCGUCGUGGGGCUCUCCCUCAGCCCGGUCACGCUAGGGGCCUCGCUGCUGGCGUCCGCCGUGGGGUUGGGGGUAGCCACGGCCGGAGGGGCCGUCACCAUCACGUCCGACCUCUCCCUGAUCUUCUGCAACGCCCGGGAGCUACGGAAGGUGCAGGAGAUCGCGGCCACGUGCCAGGACCAGAUGCGGGAGCUCCUGAGCUGCCUGGAGUUCUUCUGCCGCUGCCACGGGCGCGGGGACCGCCAGCUGCUGCAGAGCGGCAGGAACGCCUCCAUGGCCCUGUACAACUCCGUCUACUUCAUCGUCUUCUUCGGCUCACGCGGCUUCCUCGUCCCCAGGCGGGCAGAGGGGGCCACCAGGGUGAGCCAGGCCGUGCUGAAGGCCAAGAUUCAGAAGCUGGCCGAGAGCCUGGAGUCCUGCACGGGGGCCCUGGACGAACUCAGCGAGCAGCUGGAGGCCCGGGUCCGGCUCUGCACCAAGUCCAGCCUCGGCCACGACCUCAGGAUCUCAGCUGACCCGCCCGCGGGGCUGUUUUUCUGAGAACAUCCUUUCCCGCCCAUGACCGAGGCCAGACGCCAUCCCCAUGGGAUGCUCCAAAUCUGUAACUCCCGCAGGAAAACCCUGAGCUGAGUGCAAAGACUGAGAAAAACUGUGGCAAGCGGGAGGGUCUCCAAGGCCCUUUACCCUCACCUCCUGCCUGGGCUUGGGGGCUGCGGACUUUUGCGUGUUCCUGAGGGACUAUGUGAACUGAAGCCUUUUCCCUUUUUCUGUCUUCCACAGUGGGGAGACACUCCUGUUUCAAAAUCAUUUGGGGUGGGACAGAGGAGGCAAGGGCUCACUACCAUGGUGGCUUUUAUUUUUAAAUUUUUAUUUCUUUAUUUCUUAUUUAUUUGAAAGGCAGAGAGACAGAGACAGAUAGCGAUCUUCUGUCUACCGGUUCACUCUCCAGGUGCCUGCUACAGCCAGGGCAGGUCAGGCAGAAGCAAGUAGCCCAGAAAUCAAUCUGGAUUUCCCACGUUGGUGGCAGGGACUCAAGUUCUUGGAACAUCCCCUGCUGCCUCCUAGGGUGUGCAUCAGCAGGAUGCUGCAUUGGAAGCAGAGCUGGGCCUGGAAUCCAGGCACUCUGACAUGGGAUGAGGCCCCUGCACCAUAUGCCUGCCCUGCCCUGGUGGUUUGAGCUGAGACUGGAGAGGUACCCCCACUCCGGGUCCCCUCCAAAUUCCACUAGGCUUUGAUAUCCUCAAAGUGCCCCUAAGAGGAGACACCUGUUUUUAAGCCUCUCUUCCAGAGUUUGUGGUAACAAGGAAUUGCAGAAUCCAGAGCAAACCUGCGCCUCUUUAAGCUUCAUAGGACCAUUCAGGACCCAGAGAGGGACCUGGAACUGGCUUGCCCUGCUCUUCCCUUGAGUAGCCUGGGAAUGGAGCUGACUUUUCCUGGUUGGCUUCAAGCCAGACCUGCAGGUGCUUCUAGAGGGGAGUCCAGCUGAGCAGUCAUGAAGUCCUGCCUAUUGUAUGAAGAAGCUGAGGCCAGAAAGCGGGGAGGUGACUGACCCCUUCAGUCCCUGCCAUGGAGUUCAGGGAAGAGAGUGGUGGGCUGUGAGUCAGACACUGUGAGUUUAUUACAGGCUUUGUGAACAAUGGCAUGGCCUGGGCCACCUGAUCUCUCCCAGGCUGGCUUCCUGUCCUGGAAAACAGUGCAUACAACCUCUCAGCCAGUUGUGAGGAUUGAGUUCAGUGCCUGGCUCACCAAAUAUGGUCCUUGGACUGGCAAAUGAGCAUCGCCUGACAUCUUGUUAGAAAGGCAAAUUCCUGGAUUCAACCCUGAUAGACAAAUCAGAAUCUCUGGAUAUGGGACCCAGCAACCUGAGGUAAUAGAAGCCCUCCGGGCGAUUCUGCAGGCUAAGGUUUUGAAACCACUGUAACAAACGCUGAUUUCUGAUAUUCUUCCAGAGGUCUCAUGGCCUUUCUGGAAACACCAAGUCUUCAGGUCUUUUGCAGGUGGUCCAGAGCAGACUGCGUCCCAGAAACAAAAGAAUGUGUGGUGGCUACUGGGUAGUGCACCCGGGAGUUUCUCACUCUAGGAGCUGAGGGACAUUAACACCAGAAAUCCUUUAGGGGGCAGUGUUGCCCACUCAUUGUGGAAACUGGUACAGAAAGGAAUGUGAAUUUGUUGAAAACUGACCUAUCUCUAUUACUUUCUCUGAAAGUCACCAGACCACAUAUUUUUUAAAAUUUAUUUUAAGUUUGUUAUUUAAUUAUUAUUUGCUUUUAAUUUUAUUUAAUCACUACAUUUAGAAAAUUAUUAGCAAGUUAUGAAUGGGAGACUACUCUUUUCAAGAGAAUUUCACUUCCAUGAGGUUGAGUUUGACUUUGAAGGGCAGGGCAAGAGCUGGAAACAACAUUGUGCUCUUUGAAGACGUCUCUUCUUCAGAGGGAAUUGUGUUUUGUUGUUGUUGUUGUUGUUGUUCUAGUUUUAAAUGAUAGUUUAAAGCAAAUCACAGGGAAUUGUGAAAAGAAAGAGCAGGAGUUGAGUGUUGAGUUUGUCAGUGGAGUCUGGAAGUGUGGUAUAGAUACAUGAUAACACGUGUUUAUCCUGAAGGUACUUUGCCAGAAGAUAGCACUUGACUGGAAAGGGAGCCUAUUUAGUUCAGGGGGAAAAAAAAAUGAGAACAUAUGAAGGAAGCACUUAGACCUUGGGAACCUGAUGUCCUAUGAAAUCACAUCUUACUUAUGAUGGACAAAAUAGCUUGUGUUGAGGUGGGGAUGUGCCAUGCUUUCACUUUGGGGCAGUAAGAAACUUGUCAGCUAUGUAUAAGAAAAUAUUUAGUUCUUCAAUUUCCAUUCCUACAACUGCAAUGUUGAAAAAUAUGUUGAAAAGUCAUUGCGACCACACACAGUCAACUUGGUUGUGUUGUUUGAUUACUGUGUGCCAUGUAUUUACCCAGCCUAACCCAUUGCCUCACAGUGAGACCAUGUGUCUAAGGAGCUAUCAUUUCAGCACCAGGGGGAAGGAUUGGUGUUUUAUAUUUUUAUUUUUCCCAUAAACUGUAAUUGGUCUGUAAGUUGGUUUAUUUUGAAGUUGAUAUUGGUUUGUAUUGAACUGUGUCAUUUUCUUGAUUGGCUUGCAUGGAUGUUAGCAUUUUAGACUCAGAAUAUACUUUGUGUUGUUGUUUGUAUUAUAUCAUAAAGGUACAAUCAUUCCCUAACUCCAUCUUUUAUGAAUGCUUAAGUUUGGAUUAUAUUUUUCUGAUACCUGAUCUGUUCCCUAUAAAUAAACUGGCCACUUCCAGAAACAGGAGCAGGGGGGAGCUUUUCCUGUCAUUAGGGUAUUUGAGUAUACUGAAGUCCUGAACUCCUGAUGUUAUAAUUUAUAAUUUUUUGAAAUUUAUAAUUACAGUAGCCCACUUUAUUUCUACAGAAGAUUGUCUACUUGAGAACAACACUUUGCCCAUAAGGAGAACUCAAUAAAUGCAUUUGAGUAAUUAACCACUUAGCUAUGUUAACAAGAAUUUGGUAAUAAAAAGACACCACCCUUCCUUGUGUUUCUCUUAUGAAAAUUGGAGCCUCUGCCAGGAUUUGGUCAAGUUCAGUUGUGUUGGUCAUGGGAGACAAAUUCUUACUUAUUUCUUUUAUGGGAAUGUCAGUAAACCUUUUCCUUAAUGUCUUCAUUCUAUGAGUAAACAGGUUGAAAUGGUAUGUUGUCAAGGGAAGAAGGGAGAGAAGUAUUUAGAUUAUAAGUGUACUUCAUAAAAAUGUCAGGGCUUCACAAUACAAAUGUGUUUUUAUUAACUAUUUAAAUGUUUCUCAGUUUUCUUUGGGUUGGUAAUCAUUUGAAUGGUUUUGUUUCACAGUAAAGGAGAUUCAUUUGGUUUUGCAUUUCAAAGAUUCACUAGAACUACAGACUGUUCCAUUAAA